AAGUAAACGACCCCUCCGAAUCCCCACCCCCCUCGUCCUCCUCUCCACUCUCUCCCUUCAAUAAUUCCCUCCUCUGCUCGCUCCAGCUCCAAGCACCACCACCCCAUCGGGGGAGAGAGGGUAGAGGAUAGGAUCCCCAUGUAUCCAACCUCGCCGGAGCAGAUCCCAGGCGAGACGGCGCGGAGCUGCGGGCGUAAAAGGCCAGCUGGGCUGAGCCUGAGCGCGCCCUGAUCCGCCCGCCGCCCGAUCGGGAUCGAUGGGCGGGGAGGCGCCGGAGCCGCAGCGACUCAGCCGCGCGAUGAGCUUCUGCGGCGGGAUUCCCGAGGAGGCGCUGCACCUGGUGAUGGGGUUCGUGGACGACCCGCGCGACCGGGAGGCCGCGUCGCUGGUGUGCCGCCGGUGGCACCACAUCGACGCGCUCACGCGGAAGCACGUCACCGUGCCCUUCUGCUACGCUGUAUCCCCGGCGCGCCUGCUGACGCGGUUCCCGCGGCUCGAGUCGCUCGCGGUCAAGGGGAAGCCGCGCGCAUCCAUGUACGGGCUUAUCCCCGACGACUGGGGCGCGUACGCGCGGCCGUGGGUCGCCGAGCUCGCCGCGCCGCUCGAGUGCCUCAAGGCGUUCCAUCUGCGCCGCAUGGUCGUCACAGACGACGACCUAGUCGAGCUCGUCCGCGCCCGAGGCCACAUGCUGCAGGAGCUCAAGCUCGACAAGUGCACCGGCUUCUCCACGGACGGCCUCCGCCUUGUCGCUCGCUCCUGCAGUAGGUCAUUGAGGAUUUUAUUUCUGGAAGAAUGUCAAAUUGAUGAUAAAGGCAGUGAAUGGAUUCACGAUCUUGCGGCCAGCAAUUCUGUUCUGGUAACAUUGAAUUUCCACAUGACUGACCUCAGAGUGUCGCCAGCUGACCUAGAGCUUCUUGCAGAGAACUGCAAGUCACUGUUUUCAUUGAAGAUUAGCGACUGUGAUCUUUCAGACUUAAUAGGUUUCUUCCGAGUUGCCACAGCUUUGGAAGAAUUUGCUGGAGGGACAUUGUAUGAGCAGGGGGAACUCACCAAGUAUGGCAAUGUUAAAUUUCCAUCAAGACUCUGCUCCUUGGGACUUACUUUCAUGGGAACAAACGAUAUGCCUGUUAUAUUUCCUUUUUCCGUGGUGCUCAAGAAGCUGGAUUUACAGUACACUAUCCUCACCACCGAAGAUCAUUGCCAGCUCAUUGCAAAAUGCCCGAACUUAUUAGUUCUUGCAGUGAGGAAUGUGAUUGGAGAUAGAGGAUUAGGGGUUGUUGCGGAUACAUGCAAGAAGCUCCAAAGGCUCAGAAUUGAGCGAGGAGAUGAUGAUCCAGGUUUGCAAGAAGAGCAGGGAGGUGUUUCUCAAGUAGGCUUGACGGCUAUAGCCGUAGGUUGCCGUGAACUGGAAUACAUAGCUGCCUAUGUCUCUGAUAUAACCAACGGGGCCCUGGAAUCUAUUGGGACUUUCUGCAAGAAACUUUAUGAUUUCCGGCUUGUUCUGCUGGAUAGAGAAGAGAGGAUAACAGAACUGCCACUGGACAAUGGCGUCCGAGCUCUGCUGAGGGGCUGCACCAAACUUCGGAGGUUUGCUCUGUACUUGAGACCAGGGGGGCUCUCAGAUGCAGGUCUCGGCUACGUUGGACAGUACAGCGGAAAUAUCCAAUACAUGCUUCUGGGUAAUGUUGGGGAAACAGAUGAUGGAUUGAUCCGUUUCGCAUUGGGAAGUGUGAACCUGAGAAAGCUUGAACUCAGGAGUUGUUGCUUCAGCGAGCGAGCUCUGGCCCUCGCAAUACUACAUAUGCCUUCCCUGAGGUACGUUUGGGUGCAGGGCUACAAAGCCUCUCAAACUGGCCGUGACCUCAUGUUCAUGGCGAGACCCUUCUGGAACAUUGAAUUCACGCCUCCCAGUCCCGAGAACGCAGAUCGGUCGACGGAGGAUGGGGAGCCUUGUGUAGAGAGUCAAGCUCAGAUACUUGCAUACUACUCCCUUGCCGGAAAGAGAUUGGACUGCCCACAAUACGUGGUCCCAUUGUAUCCUGCGUGACUGUAAAUACGCUAGCAAUGAUGUUGGUAACUUGAUAUGUGGUUAUUGUACGGAUCUAGAUGGCUAGCUGAUAUGCACCGUAAUAAGCCACUGGUAGCUGAGAUGUACCGGAAUAAGCUCCCACUAUUCUCGCCUGUAGUUCUAUCUAAUCCUAGGGAGAUGUAUACUAAGUAACGAUGCGAGUCGGUGCUUGCUUCCCUGAUUUAUUCCUUUGGAGGGUAUAAGAUCGAAUACCUGGUUUUUGGCA